AAGAUUUUCUGUGAACGACUACUUCAGGUAGACUCUUGUGAUCAAUUAAUUAGCCUUGACGUCUUGUAUGCGAGCACAUUUAACCCUCUUUUGUGAAAUGUAACACGAAAGUUUUAGUGCCCCAUACUGCCUUAUUAUGCACAAUAUUAAAUAAGAACCAUCCAGUUUUGUGAGCAGAAUAUUAUGACAGAAACUGAAGAAAAAGAUCUUUCAUUUCAGAUUAAGGAUGAAGAGAAACAUGAGACUAAACUUAAAAUUCGAUCUCGCACUAGGAAAAAAGAGUAUGCAUGUGAAAUUUGUCAGAAAAAAGUUUCUUCUGAAUAUCAUCUGAGAAGACAUUAUGAAAUGCAUUCUAAUGAAAAACUUUGCAUAUGUGAAAUUUGUCAUAGACAUUUUAACUGCCCGUCUUCUCUUAGAACGCAUUCUUUAAUACACACGGGAGGAAAACCCUUUGAGUGCGGGAUUUGUCAAACAAAAUUUAGGCGUAUGUCUCAUCUUAAAACGCAUGUUUUGAUCCACACUGAAGAAAAACCUUAUUCAUGUGAUAUUUGUGGGAAAGAAUUUAGACGUCAAUUUGAUCUGAAUGUUCAUGCUCUUGUUCAUACUGGAGAAAUGCCUUAUGAAUGUGAAAUUUGUGACAAAAAGUUUAAUCGGCCGAAUAAUCUCAGAAAUCAUUAUUUAAUGCAUAUUAAAACCAAAUCUUAUGAAUAUGAAAAUUUUCAAAAGAUGCUUGAAGAACAAGCAGUUAUGACAAAAGAUGCUUCAUUAAAAUUUACUGUUCGUGAAAGAAAAUUUAGUUUUUUAUCUGUUCUCCAAGCACAUUCUGCCCAGCCGAAGAAAAGAAAGUCAUAUGUGUGUACUAUUUGUCAGGGAAAAUUUAAUUCUUCUUCUCAUCUUAAAGCUCAUUGUCGAAUCCACACUGGUGAGAAGCAAUAUGUGUGUGAAAUUUGUCAAAAGAAGUGCAGUCGUAGAUCUGAUCUUAAGACACAUACUCUAAUCCACUCUAGAGAAAAACCUUAUGCAUGUACUAUUUGUAAAAGUAAAUUUAAACGCAAGUCUGAUCUGUCAGUACAUUAUGUUACUCACAGUGAUGAAAAACCUUUUAAAUGUGAAAUGUGUGAAAGAAAGUUUAAACGUCACUCUGAUGUUAAAAGACACUAUUUAGUCCAUACUCAAGAAAGAGAAACCUUAUUCAUGUGAAAUAUGUCUGAGUACUUAUAAGUCCCAAUGUAAUCCUAAAAUACAUUUUCUUAUUCAGACUGUUGAAAAUAUGCAAUCUCAGACUAACAAAUAAAAUUGAGAUGAUAUAAAUGCAUAUAAAAUGAAUAAUAAACAAAUGAAUAUAGAAAAUUUGAAUUAACCAGAUACAAGUGAUAAAUUUCCAAAUAGUUUGUAUGUUUCAAUCUACUUAUGCAUAAAAAAUGAAUAAUAAACAAAUGAAUAUAGAAAAUUUGGGUUAACCAGAUACAAGUGAUAUAUUUCCAAAUAGUUUGUAUGUUUCAGUCUACUUAUAUUGGAGACAUUACAUAUUUGGUAACCUUAAUGAAACAGAAACAGGAUUAUAUAAAUAACUUAAUAAUAAAUGUAAAAAGCAUCUGUUAAAACUCAAUUUAAAUUUUUAAACUUGAGAAUUUGGGACUUCUUUUGAAUAAAACACUACAUUUUCGUGUCAAAAA